GCUCCGGGUGCUCUCUUGGCGGUCGAGAUGGUGAUAUGGUCGCGGGGCAGACUGGCACCAAGGCCGACUUAAUUGCAAACGAUUACUACUUACGCAUGGUAAAACUUGCGGCCCGUUUGGAUCUUGACUGUCACGGACGAGUUCCCUCAUUAUACAGGGUCAUCCGUCGUUUGUCCUCCCCAUCGUCGCCAUUUUCUACUUGGAUUCCUUGAAUUCCCCUUCUGGUUGAUUUAUCUCCAGGAACUCGGUCCUUACUUAUCCCGGACUUCGCUCAAUGCUCACGGUCUUCCCAUCCAUAUCUCGGUUGUAACAUCCUCGAAUUUCCUCCCAUGAGUCGAUGGCAGAAACCCUGGAAUUCGAGGUAGACGAUACCUCACCUGCGAUAUCCUAUUAUCCAUUUCGCGACACCUUUUCCGCCCCAAAUCUCACAGCGGGCUGGAACCCUUAUUAUACAGGAUCCGGUUUUUUGACUUCUCUGGGAGAGACGGGCGAGGGAACUAGUCAGCACAUAUCAUCGCUGAACGGUGCAUCGCUUUCUAUACAAUGGCAUGGAACUGGCAUUGAGUUAGACGGAAAUGUUACAAAUGCUUCCUACACCAUUACUCUGGACGAGACGACAAUCGAUGUUUCUUCACUGGAACGGUCUGACACGCUUCUCGCCAAUAUCACUGGCCUAUCCAGCCAAAGCCACAAUAUUACAUUAACUGCGCAAAUCGCGACCGAAUCAGAUUCUGACCCGACCGGAUUCCUCGUCUUCGAUAAAGCUGUAAUUACAGUAACUCCCCCAACUAACGCAUCUAGCAGCUUAAAUUUUACAUUGCAAACCAUAACGGACAGCAGGAUUAACUUUAAUGGGGAAUGGUCGUACGACAAUGGGCUGGGACAAGCGUUUCGGGAGUCAAACAAAGCCGGCGACACCGCUCAAGUCUCGUUUUUCGGUACAUCCUUUCUUGUACUGGGAACGACAUCACCAACGGCGGGAAAUUAUUCUGUUACAGUGGAUGAUAUUCAGACAUUUCUUUCAGCGAAAUCGUCGUUUACUCAGGAUGGUUCUUUACUAUUUUACGCCACCGGCUUAGACCCGGAUCUCGUCCACAACUUCGAAAUCUCAAAUGAAGAUGGUUCGUCACUGAUUCUUCCCGUGGGAGGCCUUCGUUCUUUCUCCACAGUAGACCCCAAUCCAACUGCUUCCGCGACUUUUACAGGCGAAUCCAGAGCAUCGGGUUAUCCAUCAGGCACAAUUGCAGCACUCGCAUUGGGCGGAAUCCUCGCUUUCAUUUUAUUAGCCGCCCUAUUCUUCUUUCUGUUUGUUUAUCGACCAAAAAGGCGUAGAAAGCACCAACAUCAGAGACAGCACAAAGAUGAACAAUGGAAGAAGGAAUCUGAAGCUGGGGUUGUCCUUGAUAUCGCACCUUUACCGAAGACGCACUCCCGAGAACGCCGCAGAGAUAGCGACUGGUCUGGUUUAAACCGGUGGAAACGGGAUAUUGAAGGCACUGACGGUCUGGGCAUCGACAUUGUAUUUCGGCACUCGGACUCGGUCAAAGAGGACGGUGAUGUAGAUAACAUCGAAAGCCCUAGCAACCCUCAGCACACCGCAAGGUCACCUGAGCCUACCUCCAUGGCGCAGAGGAAUAACAAGGGAAAAAGCAGGUGGUUUGGAAAGACCGACAAGGAGAAGUCAUCACCUAGCUUUACGAUUGAUCUUCCCCUUCCCCCAAUACUAAGUAGAUCACGCUCCGCUUCUCGUCAAGGCUCCGACAGUGGGAACGCAGCCCGUCAACGGUCCCGCUCAAACUCAGCCCUUUCCUAUCUCGCUUCGCUCUCUUCGGCUUCCUUCGCUUCGCGAAAAUCAUCGAAUGCGUCGUCCCGCUCUCGUGACCGUCUGCCUGUCCCUCGACCCAAGUCACACAUUCGGACAUCGAGUCAAAGACCGUUGCUGCAAUAUGAAGCGGAAGCACUUCCACGUCCGACAAGACUUCGUCCUCUACCCCAGCCCCCCCGUCCUCUUUCUGACGACCGUGGUAGUGUCAAAGAUUAUCUCGAUGAUGCGGCUACCGUGUUGGGCCCCUCGACCUCUCGAACAGCCUUGAGGCACCGCAGUCCGCGAUCAAGCGAGGUCUUUCCUCUCCAGACGCGCCCGGCCCACGAAGAACAGCAGCCGCUCGCGAGUACCAGUGAGCCCGUGGACUACAUUCGUGGCCGGCUAGAGACCAGACCGAGUCUAUUGAAUGUUCGGGAGAGUAGCCCAUUCCGAAUCGAAUUCCACGACUCCGAGCAAGUGCCGGUGAAACCGCGUAAAAGACGCCUCCCUAGCGGCGUGGCAAGUGCAGUCGGACAUGGAGAGAGGUCAAGUCAUCGUGCCUCAGGCGCGUCUCGCGUCAGGUUCGAGGAAAGCGAAGCUGCAUCUACCAACGAGACAAGCGAGAGUGACUACCCUGAUAGUCGGAGGAUGACCGUCGACAACGCGUCUCAAGACGACCCUGCUCCAUCUAGCCGCCCAGCCUUCCGACUUACACCCAUACACCCCAUGGCUCCACCUUCUAGGGUCACUUCAUUCCUUGAUCUGAGUGGCUCGUCGGACGCCUCGAUACGUACUCAUUCCAACGACAACGAAACACUUGCUUCGUCCCACCGCAUUUCCUCCGAGAGACAGCCUACAUCUCGUUGGAGCAGCACUACUGCACCAAGUUCUCACGGCCACGCUCGCGAGUCUGCUGCGCCGUCAUCCCCUUCAAGUACAAUGUUUCCCUUCCCAGUAUCAUUACCCGCAUCUUCCCAUCAUCCUACUGGACAUCGACUAUCUUCACCACUUCCCCGGCCUAAUGUCCCUGACGACCAGCAAUCGACUGCACGCGUUCACUCGCAUCCGUUGUCUGAGCUUGCGCCUCUUUCGCCCACGGAUAGUGUCCCUCUCUCUGUAUCAGAGUUGCAUUUCAGACAGAGCGUCUCGGACGACGCAGGAGAACGUAGGCCUCGCUCUAACGUUUCGCUGCCUGCUCUUCCAAUGAAUAUGUCAUUGCUUCCGCGACACCCACCCCUUCCCGGUCAUGGGACCGAGACCGACAGAACGUAGAUGAGCAUGAACAUUUCGUCAUAACGACACACGAUACCAGAUAUGAAUAAGAUUAUGUUUUCAACGAUUUUCCUCUUUCCUUUCAGGACAUUGCGUUGGGACAAUGCUCGCUUUAUUUGUCGAAUCUAUAUAUUCAUGGAAGGUCGUUCCUCCACAUUCCUUUCUUUCUUCAUCUCUUUUGUGUACUAUACGCCAGAUUUACUCACGUGGUGUCAAAGGUCUAUACAGUAUUCACUGCUAGUUCAAUUGGUGCAUCCAUUCCGAGUUAUGAGGAUAAGUUACAUAUGAUUUCCUACUAU